CAACGCUUCCCCUCACUGCAGCCGAGCGCGGGCGUGCAUUUCAACGAUGAGGCUUGGUGCUGUCCAUUUUGCCAUGCUAGUCGUCGGGGUGUCGUUUGCCUGCUAUUCCCCGAGCUUAAAUUCUUUGCAGGACCAAGCCUACCGUUCAGCGGUGGUGAUCGAAGGCAAGGUGCAAUCUGUCCCAAAUAAUGCCACCGAGCCCUACAGUGUUAAUGUCAAAGUGUUGGACGUGUGGCCAGUCAAUAGCGGGGGACUCGAAAAGGAUCAGCUUAUCACAAUCGGGGAUUUCGGAUCAGAAGCACCAUGCAUCAAAGUAAAGAAGAACCAGAAAUAUAUCUUUUUCAUGGACCCAACAGAUGAGCCGUUAGUAUUCAAGACAUCAUUUGCUCCACUAGACACUGGCAGAAAGAACCUUAAGAAAGAUGUUGGGAGGAUCUUGUGUGAGGACUGCGCUGGUCCUCCAAAGUUGAAGAAACUGAAGAACCAAACUCUUCUUGAAGGACAAAAGCUUUCACUGAAGUGUGAGGCAGUGGGGAAUUCCCAACCCACGUAUAAGUGGUUCAAAGAUGGAACGGAGAUAAAAAAAAGCAAAGCAAUCAGGAUAAAAACUGGGAAAAAAAACUCAAGGCUUCAGAUAAGUAAACUGAAGGUGGAAGAUGCUGGGGAAUAUGUAUGUGAGGCUGAGAAUUCAGUAGGCAAGGACAUGUCAAGAACUACUGUCAGUGUGCAAGCUGCUGCUGCUACUACUACACUCUCACCGGAAUCCGGUCAUGCUAGAAGAUGCAAUGAGUCAGACAAAUCCUACUGUGUUAAUGGCGGGGUGUGUUAUUACAUUGAUGGUAUUAAUGAACUUUCUUGCAAGUGUCCAAAUGAAUUUACAGGUGAUCGCUGCCAACACUACGUAAUGGCCAGUUUCUACAAAGCUGAGGAAUUGUAUCAAAAGAGAGUCUUGACUAUUACUGGCAUUUGUGUUGCACUUCUUGUAGUUGGAAUUGUAUGUGUAGUGGCAUAUUGCAAAACAAAAAAACAAAGAAAAAAAAUGCACAGCCAUUUGAGGCAAAAUCUUUGUGUAGAUCAUCAAAAUCGAAACCUUGCUAAUGGUCCAAACCAUCCUGGCCCUCUCCCAGAAGAUAUUCAAAUGGUCGAUUAUAUUUCAAAAAAUGUUCCGGUCUCUGAACACGUGAGGCGACAUGAAACGGAAACCUCAUUUUCUGCAAGCCAGCCAUCGUCCACAUCUCGACACUCUUCCACAGCUACACACACAUCCAGUCAUAGAAAUGGGAACAAUACAUGGAGCAUAGAGCAAUCUGACAGUGUUACUUCAGAAAUGCAUUCUGGUAUGAUGACCUCGUCUUUGGAAACUAGCAAGUGUAACAGUCCCAUGGAACCACGAGGCAGAUUAACUGCAGUUUGUGGUUAUCAGGACACAAGACACCCGAUCUUCCAUUGCAGAGACUCAGUGGAUUCUCUCAGAGACUCACCUCACAGUGACAGGUACGUGUCUGCCCUCACAACGCCAGCCCGGUUAUCACCUGUUGAUUUACAUUACUCCCUCCCUUCAUAUGCACCUGGUUUUGAUGUGUCUCCACAUGGAUCUACCCAUGCAACAUCAUUGCCUCCAGCAGUGGUGGGUUAUUUUGUGGAAGAUGAGCAGCCUUUGUUGAGAAGAUAUCACAAGCACCAUCAAGACAACCUGAGGCAUGACCUCUACAAACAGCGCCGUAGUUAUCUUCAUGACAGCUUUGGAAGUCUACCCCCCAGUCCAGCAAGAAUGGCAGAAGAUGAUGAAUAUGAAACAAACACAAGAGUACAUCCAGCACUUGAUCAACCAAAGAAUGGCAACAGCAGUAGAAGGUGGAGGAAAACAAAACCAAAUGGUCACAUUUCACACAGAGCUGAAUGCGACUGUGAUUCAAACUCAGAAAGCUGCUGCUCUGACACAGAUUCUGAUGGUGAGAAAAUAGGAGAGCGUACACCUUUCUUAAGCACUCAGAACCCUCCAGCAGCAAGCACAGAAACAGCUUCAGUAUUCUGGUCUUCUGAUAGCAGGACUUACUCAUCCAAUAGACACAAUGUACGGGAGGACUUGCACACCCGUGCAAUGCGUGUAAAAUCAAAUCAGGACUCACUCCCUGUGUAAAUGCCAUAGAUCUGCAACUGUAAAAAAUAUUUUAUUUUAUAUAAUUAUCAAAUAUUCUAAAAUUAAAUUAAACAUUUUAUUUUCAUUUUAGCAAAGUUGUCUUACAGCUAACAGGAAAGUCUUUUAUAGGGAAAACAUGUAUUUAUAUGUAAAAUAUGAUUUACAGUUAAAACAAUGAUGGUGUGCCAAUUUUUCACAUCAUAAAUAGAAUAAUAUUGUGGUGCCUUUUGCUGUAUGCUGAUACCAGAUUUCCUGCUGAUGUUUCAGUUUUGUAGUGUUUCUAUCUUGGACUCAUUAUAAUUAUACACCCUUCAUUUUUUUCUUAUUUUUACCACAGACUCUGUUACACUUGGACAAUUAUAUUUCUUUGAGUUCUGGACACAGACAUCUGUGUACUGUCUAUAUACUGAUUCCUGAAACAUCAAGUAACAUUCUGGCUGAACUCAAUUCUUUAUUUUAUUUGACCAGGAGGACAGAAUAUAAUAUUUAUUUUUCUGACUCCUAACAAAUUAAUAAAUAUUUUUUACUUUUUAGAAGAAAUUGACGAAGAUUAGAUUAACAUUUGUAGCCUUUCUCAGCCUAUUAAUUUUCUGGGGUAAGGACCCUUGUCACCAUUUGACAGCCAUUGUCCCUGCAUCCAUUUUAGUGAAUUGUUAUGUUGGUGAAACACUCAAAAGUCAUUACACGACAUGACAUUCAGACAUUACUAAAGAGUCUGCAACAUUUGCAGUUAUUUUGAGGUUACAUUGUGAGUUUUCUCCAGUAAAAUUGAAUCGCACCAUUUGACAAAAAAAAAUCAGACCACUUUCAUUUUAAUGUUAUUUUCAAGUAUACAGUAAUUAGAAAAUGGUCAGAUUGGAAACUGGAAAUUAAUAAGCAGCAACUUUGUGGUAUUUGUUUUUGAUGGAAUUUUUGCAACAUGUUUUUGCAUGUCUUUACCACUCCAAAUGGACUGAUGCAUGGGAAGCUAGGAAUGAGAGAUUUAACAUGUUUUUAAAUGAACUGCAUAACUUUUCAUUUAUUGUCCCUUUUAGUGCAGGUUUAUUAUGGGUUCUGCAAAUCUUUUAUUGGUACAUUUC